AUGGCCCAGUCUCCUCCAGGCUCGGCCUCAGGCUCUGCUGUCGGCUCAGCGACCGGCCCGGCGUCAUCAAGGAACGCCAGUGCACGACACCAGCAAUCUGCGAGACAUGCCCAACCGCGCACCCGGCGCGACUCACCAUCUUCCAGCCAGGUUGCCCCCGUCACCAUCCCAUCCCAGACGCUGAGCCCACCGACUCCGGCCCCCAGCCCGACUCCCACUGAACGUCGGUCCUACGCACCCCUCGACCUCGGCGACAAGGACUCGGUCCUGGACGAGGACGAGGAUGUUACUCUGGCUCCUCUGGACACCCUGGCGAUGCCUAAUGCCAGCAAGUUGAUGCGCCAGUUCCAGGCUCUGCCCAAGAGCGAGCGUUUCGCGUUCUUGAUCUCGCUGGUCGGCGACCUGCAGUUAAACGAGGCGCUUGUCGUCUCGUCCAAGAUCUCUCCGCGUCUGAAGCGAGACUUCCUUUCGGACCUGCCCGUCGAGCUCGCGUUACACUGCGUCAGCUUUAUCGACGACGCGCAGACUCUGACUCGCAUGGCCCGCGUGUGCAAGUACUGGAACGACCUGCUUCAAGACGAAUGCCUCUGGAAGGUCAUGCAUGAGCGCCAGGUCUAUCGUCCCAAGCUCCCGUCGGCAGGACCGAACCCUCCGCCCACCGCCGUCAAUGCAACCGAGACGCAGGCACCGACCAAGAGUUCCUCCAUGCGGGAUAACACGAGCCCCAUGUGGGGCCGCGCUGGCUCCAGCUCGCGUUCCGUCCAGCGUGCGCAGAGCUCCCGCGAGCGUUUCCGCGACGCGUACCUCACCGAGCACAACUGGCUCAAGGGCGGCAAGCAGCUCGCUAUGCACUCGAGCAUGGGUGACAGUGUUGUCACGAGCCUCGUCGUCAACGACGACUUUAUCAUCAUCGGCAUGGCCAACGCCAAGAUCCACGUAUUUGACGCUACAACUGGCUACUACUGCCGCUCUCUGCUCGGCCACGAGUUAGGUGUCUGGGCUAUCGUCCUGGUCACGCCUCGGGGCCGUAACAAGGGUCUGAGGAGGGCGGAGGAGAUUCAGCGGCGUGCGUCCUUCGCCGGUUCGACCAGCGGAUCCAGCUCGGUGCCUUACCGCCCCUCGUCUGCUGCCGGGGACCGGCGCCCUUCGCGUACUACACGUCGCAUGCGCUCGAGCGACGUCUGCGGCUCGGCUACGAGCUGGGGUGUCAAGCGCACCCUCGUCGUGUCCGGCGGCUGUGACAGGGAGGUGCGCGUUUGGGACCUCGCUGAAGGCAAAUGCCUCUACGCUCUUCGUGGCCACUCGAGCACUAUCCGUUGUCUCAAGGUGCUCGACGGCAGGCCCAUUGCCGUUUCCGGCAGUCGCGACUUCACGCUGCGCAUUUGGGACAUUGACCGCGGCCGCAUGCUGCGUGUCCUCGAGGGCCACGAGCAGAGCGUGCGUUGCAUCGAGGUUGCGGGCAACCAAGUGGUGUCCGGUUCUUACGACUUCACAUGUAGGCUCUGGGACAUUGACACUGGAGACUGCCUCCAGGUCUUCGAGGGCCACUACCACCAGAUCUACGCCGUCGCGUUUGACGGGGAGCGCGUCGUUUCUGGUUCAUUGGACUCGACCGUCCGUGUCUGGGACGCGGGGUCGGGAGAGUGCCUGGCGGUUCUGCCCGGCCACACCUCGCUCGUGGGACAGCUUCAGCUGUCCGGAGAUCGCCUCAUUACGGGAGGCUCGGACGGUCGUGUUAUCGUCUUCGACCUGACCGACUUCUCGACCGUGCACCGACUGUGCGCGCACGACAACUCUGUCACCUGCCUGCAGUUCGAUGACCGCUUCAUCGUCUCGGGCGGCAGCGACGGCCGCGUUAAGCUCUGGGACAUCCGUACCGGCACGUUCAUCCGCGAGCUUACACAGCCGUGCGAUGCCGUCUGGCGCGUCUGCUUCCGCGACGAUAAGUGCGCCAUCCUCUGCCAGCGCAACGGCCGCACCGUCCUCGAGGUGCUCGGCUUCAAGCCGCAGGACAUCGCCGCACGACCCAUGGUCAACGCCCGCGCGCCCGACUGGUAG